CGCGUCGAUUUAUUACAGUUAUUUUACUCGCCCCUAAAAGAUAUUUGGCGCUUUACCAAAACCCUCAAAACCCUAGAGAAACUAGAGACGGUACAUGCCAAAGUCACCGUGAAAGAAGAUGGUGUACGGAAUCAGAGAGUUCAAUGAGAGAGUUGGAGAAGGUGCUGGGGAACCAUUUCUGGAUGCCGAUAAUGGCGAGGAGCUCAUGCAUGUUCAGCCCGGCGUUUCCAUUGUUCUUGGCAAUCGCCCUCCCGAGUCUCCUGGCACUCUUUAUAUCUCAACUAAGAAAGUGGUUUGGUUGAGUGAUGUUGACAGGGAAAAAGGAUAUGCAGUCGAUUUCUUAUCUUUGUCACUGCAUGCUGUAUCAAGGGAUCCAGAAGCCUAUCCUUCUCCUUGUAUAUAUGCUCAGAUUGAAACUGGAGCUGAUGAAGGUGAGUCUGAGGAUUCAGAUUCAGAAAGUAAUGGUGUAGUGGAACUAUCCAAGACAACAGAGAUGAGGCUUGUCCCUUCGGACCCUAGCCAAUUGGACGCAUUGUUUGAGGUAUUUUGUGAGUGUGCUGAGCUUAAUCCUGAACCGAUUGAAGAGGAAGAUCGAGAAGAGCAUAACUGGAUUUUUAGCGCUAGUCAGAUGGAGGAUGAGGUUGCAGAAGAUGAAGAUUCUGACUGGCAUUUGUCGCAAAAUUCAACCAACUCAAUUGGUCAAUCUAAUGGGGAUCAUGACCUAGCACGGACAGUACUGGAGCUUCAGAUCAACGAUCAGCGUUUUGAGGAUGCUGAAGAAAUGGAGCAUCAUACUGACAGUGCUCAUCAAUGAGCCUAUUCUGUGUUUUUUAACAUAUAUGGAAUAUUACUUAUGAAAUAUAACUGUUCGUUAUUUCUAUUUUGGAAUAAAAUUUUUGAAUGCAGUCUAAAAUUAUUAUUGUUAUUA